AUGCUCUCUGCCGUUGUUCUCUUAGGGCUCGUCAUCCCUUCCGGCUCAGCAUUUUCGCUCAUGCCAGCAGCUCGUUCAGGUAGUUGGCACAUAACAACAUUCGGAACAAGAGGCGGCAUGAUGAGCAUGGCAUGCACCCUCUCACCUCCUGCUCUGAAUGUUGGCGUGAAAUCCUCUCCCCUUCUAUCCUCUCCCCUCCCUCACCUCCUCUCGCCUCCCCUCCUCUCAUCGCGCUCCAUCAUUUUCUCUCCUCACUGCUUGGCAGGGUUCAGUGCAAUGAGCGGCAGGUUGCCGGCUCCUCUGUGCUCGCAGCGAAGCAGACCUGCGCUGACAAGCACGAGGAUGAUGUUUGACCAGCUCACCGGCCGGCUCGACGAAACACUCAAGAGGCAAGAGAGCGAACAGGAGGAUUGGGAGGGAAAGGAGCAGGAGCAGGAGCAGGAGCAGCAGCAGCAGCAGCAGCAGCAGCAGCAGCAGGAGCAGGACAGGCUGACCGGGAAGAAGACCAUAACAGAAAACAACAUUGAGACAGCGCUCAAGGAUGUGAGACGAUCUCUGCUCGAAGCUGAUGUCAACCUGGACGUCGCCACCUCCCUCAUCCAGGAGAUCCGCCAGCGAGCAGUCGGCAUGCAGGUGGUGGAGGGCGUGUCCCCCGGGCAGAUGUUUGUCAAGAUCAUGCAAGAGGAGCUCACCAAGAUUCUCGGAGGAGACGCGUCUCCUCUUGCCAGGGAGAGCAAAGGAGUUACUGUCAUCCUCAUGACCGGACUUCAGGCAAUUCCUCCUCCUCUUCCUCCUCCUCCUCCUCCUCCUCCUCCUCCUCCUCCUCCUCCUCCUCCUCCUCUUGACCCUGACCCGGACCCUGACCCGGACCCUGACCCUGAUCUCCUACUUGCAUGCCAUGCUGAAGCCUCUGGCAGGGUCCUGCUUGCUGCCUGCGACGUCUACAGGCCAGCAGCGAUUGAGCAGCUGGAGCAGCUGGCAGCUCAGACCAACACAUCCGUCUUCACCAAGGGUCUGGACGCAAGUCCGGUGGACAUUGCUAGGGAUGCCUACAACUAUGCCACGAUUCCCUCUGAUCAUGGUCUUGCUCAGAACGGGUUUGACACCCUCAUCAUCGACACAGCUGGGCGUCAGGUGAUCGACCAGCCGCUCAUGAACGAGCUAAAGGCCAUCAAGAACAUCGUUCAGCCCCAAGAGGUCAAGAAUUUUUCACUAGCUCCUCCUCGCCUCAAGCCCCACUACAUGCUGCUCUCCCUCCAGCUCUGCCUUCAGGUCCUGCUUGUCGUCGAUGCCAUGACGGGACAAGAGGCCGCAAACUUGACAAAGGUUGUAAAGCCUUCAACGAUGCAGUCGGCAUUACAGCUCACAUCCCGUCCCUGUUCUCUCCUCGCUCCUCGACUCGUUUCUUCGCCCGGCUCUUGCCUCCUUCUCCUCCUUCUUCUCCUUCUUCUCCUUCUCUUUCUCCUCCUUCUUCUCCUUCUCCUCUCACCCACCACAGGAGCUGUGCUCACCAAGCUCGACGGCGACACGAGAGGAGGUGCUGCUCUGUCCGUCCGGCAAGUCUCAGGAAAACCCAUCAAGUUCGUGGGAGUAGGAGAGAAGGUGAAGAUACAUCCUCCUCCUCGUCCGUCGAGGCCCUCGAGCCAUUCUACCCUGACAGGAUGGCGUCACGUAUCCUUGGCAUGGUUGACGAUCUUCCUUGUUUUCCUCUCCCUCUCUUACAAUUUCGACGAUUUUGUUGCACAAAGCAGAGCGAUCAAGCAGAUGGGAAGUUUCGGUAGAUUUGAGUCUCCUGUUUUCCUCUCGUCUCGUCUCGCGGGAUGCUCAAAAUGCUUCCUGGCGCUUCCGGCAUCUCAUCGGAUCAGCUGGCGCAGGUUGAAGAUUGCAGAGUCAAUGAUCAACUCGAUGACCAAGAAAGAACGCAAGAACCCUUCGCUGCUCACAAGCGAUAUCACCGCCAAGUCACGUCUUGAUCGCAUCGCCAAGGGGUCGGGCAGGAGCAUGAAGCAGGCGCAGGAGUUCAUGUCUGAUUUCACAAGGAUGCGCAUGAUGAUGCGAAAUAUGGGAAAGAUGGCUAUGGGUGCACAGGCAGCAGGUCAAGGGCCUCCAAUGCCAAAUGCCGAGAUGGAUCCCUCCAUGGCCUUCGGAAAUCGUUCUCUUAGGCGCAAGGCCGCAAAGGGCAAGAAGGACAAGAAGCCUGCGAGCAAAGGGUUCGGCAAGUAGAGGACAAGGAUGUAGAUGAGGACGAUAAACUCAACCACUUCCGAUG